CUUUGAGACGUUCGCGUAUCUUCCGAUCUCCGAGAACUCGCGAGAUUUUUGAUCCAAAAGAAUAAAUCAUCAUUACAUGAUGUAUUGCGUGAUCUCUCGAUCGUCCCUUUAAAUUUCGAAAUUUUCGAAGAAUGGAAAAAAAUUACGCAGGCAAGGCUGACUAAUCCGAGCUUGAACUACUAACGGGAAAACGAACGGAAAGAUAUCGAGCGCUCCACGUUUCUCUCCGCCAACUCCACGGCAAGCACUGGAACGAAAAUGUAGAGAUACCGAGCAAAAAAUGGGAAUCCUAUUAGAGGAAAGAUGGACAGCCUAAAUGCCAACGGCAACAACACUCGGGAAUUCUGCAAUAUUCAGUACAAACAUUUCGUGGCACCGUUCGGAGAGCUCUAUUGUAAUCCAGUAUGGGAUUCGUAUCUCUGUUGGCCGCCAACGAAAGCCUCUACCACGACGAAGCAGCGAUGCCCUUUCGUGGAUGGAUUCGAUACGACCAAAUCCGUGGAGAAGAAAUGCGGUUACAAUGGACGUUGGGAGGCACAGAACGGCACAAACAUGAACGAGGAUUUGUUCAUCGGCUGGGCAAACUAUACUACUUGUUUAACGCCAGAAAUGCUGUGGCUUCACUACAGAGUCUACAACAAUAAUGUUGAGGGCGAAAUGAAAAUGGAAAUAGCCGAGAAAACCCGUACUCUGGAGUUUGUUGGACUGAGCAUAUCUCUGGUGGCUUUGCUUGCAUCCCUGGUGAUCUUCUGUCGAUUUAGAUCGUUGCGAAAUACGAGGACCAGGAUUCACAAGAAUCUCUUCGUCGCCAUGGUGGUACAAGUGCUAAUCAGAUUAAUGUUGUACAUAGACUUCGCUAUCUAUCGUAGGAAGCCGCACGGCGCGCAACGAGGAAUAGGAAAUACCCCGGUGCUGUGCGAGGCUAGUUAUGUGCUGCUGGAAUACGUUAAGACCGCAAUGUUCAUGUGGAUGUUUAUAGAGGGUCUAUUUCUACACAACAUGGUGACUGUGACGAUCUUUCAAGAGACGUCUUAUUACCGGAUGUAUCGAUUUGUUGGAUGGGGAUGUCCAGUGCUGAUGACCUCAGCUUGGGCUCUCGUUAUGGCGUUUUAUUAUCAUCCAAAAUCAAAGUUUCUCAGAUGCUGGUCGGGGUACAAUUUAUCGUCCUACUUUUGGAUCCUUGAGGGACCCAGAUUCGCAGUGAUAUUGCUCAACUUUUUGUUCUUGCUAAACAUUAUAAGAGUGCUCGUGGUAAAGCUACGGCAAAGUCAUACAAGCGAGAUUGAACAAGUUUUGAAAGCCGUGAGGGCGGCCGUGGUACUAUUACCAUUAUUGGGCAUCACUAACGUGCUGUUCAUGAUCGAAGCCCCGUUGGAUAAUGUAAACAAGUUCGCUGUGUGGUCUUACUCCACGCAUUUUCUGCGAUCGUUUCAGGGUCUCUUCAUCGCGACGCUUUACUGCUUUCUUAACGGCGAGGUAAGACUGGCCUUGGAUAAAACUAUUGCCGUUUAUCUUUCUCUGAGAGGAGGCGACUUGCAGACUAGAAGACAGUCAACAUUUAUCGGCUGUCAACCCCAGCGAGUAACUUCGGUGAUCGAGGUGGAGGAGGAGGAAACGAGACCUACUGAGUUGUUGAGGCUGUGCUUUCGCGGCGGAAAUAUCCCGCCACCGAGUCAGUCUGUCGAAAUACAGGAACAGAGAGACGAGAAGGGUGAAUGCGCACUUUCUCGAGGACGGCAGUCUAAUCGUAGCAAAUGCGUGAGUUUUUCAACGUCCGGCAGCCAGCCUCGAAGUAAAAUAAUUCCUUGGAUCGUGGAGCUGCCGAUGGUGCAUUCGGACUUCCGAUCAAAGGAGACGGAUUUCCCUUUGACGCAGAUCCGCACAGUAUGUGUCACGUCACAGUGAGAGAAUUUCUCAUUAGGGUCUGACCGUACGUCAAGCUGAAUCUUCAAGUCCCGUGAUGCGAUCCACAUCUUCUCUUGUAAUUUAUGUAAAUUAGUGACGUCCAAAUUUUUCUAAAUAGAUUGUAUAUUUCAAAAAUUUCUUUCCCGUCGUGACUGAAAUAAAGCGCCGUUUUAAAAUGGUUUUAAAAUGGUUUUAAAUGAAACGUUAAUAUCUAUUAUAUUAUCUUAUUGGCUUAAUUUAUAUUAUUGUUAAAAUAUUCUAGAUCACUUUUACAUCUCUUUUUAGUUGAAAUUAUAUUGCUAUACCUUAUUGAAUUUUGACAAUGUUGGAAUUGCAACUGUAUCGUAGAGACAAUUAUAAUAUGAAUCAUACUUUGGACAUCACUGAUAUAAUCUAUUUGUUAAAUAAUUAUACUGAGCAGCUGCUACAUCAAGUAAUGCGAUUUUAAAGAUUGUUUUGUAAAUUAGAUCACAGUUUAAAACCAUUUUUUGAUUAUUUAGAUUUUAGCAAAAAAAUGAAAAAAUUACAAUUAUUUUAAUAACAAAACUGAUGCGAAGAUAUUUUAUUUGUUUCUCAGUGCAAAUAAAAAAAUAUAAAUAUCAGUUUCUGAAGAAAUGUUUGUUAAAACAAAGCGCCUGUAAAUUUGUUGUAGAAUUUAUCUCUUCAGUAAUAAUAAUCAAUGGCUCUGUUUAAUAAAUGCUUGAUUGCCUUUAUUAAGCACUCAGUUCGCUUUAAUCGAGAAUGGUCUAACGAUAAGGAGCAAUUCGUCUUUUUAAUCAUAAAAAACUUGAAGCGGGAAAAUCGAUCGUCGGAGUUCACAAGAAAUGGAAAUCCGGCUUACUAAUCGCGAAAGAUUAGUCCCUACGUCAAAGGAAGCUAUCAGAUGCAAUUUAACCUUCGCCGGCUAAAAUUGCCCGCUCAUUAUCCGACAAAAUCCUGCUCUUUAACACUCAUAAUUAGUGCGCGGAUCAAACGUUUGAACAUGCACGAGCAGCUAAAUGGGCGAAGUUUGAAGGUCGCAAAGCGCUAUUAAGAGGCUCUGGCGAUAGAAGAAUUUUAUGGUAAUACUACGGUUAAUUUUGGUCUAAAUAUCGCUAAAAAUAAAAAGUUCAGAGUUUCGACUUUUUAUCCUGUCUAGCAUUCCAGCUGUUGCUUUUUCGUAUAUGCGUUCACAUCGCGAGACUUUUAAAUAAAUUUUAUUUCCUACCCAGACACAUUAAAUUUGUAUGAUACUCAAGUUCGAGUUCGAGAAUCGCCGAGCCUAUCUCCGGUUUCGCGAAAGGCAAUUAUGUGACGCCAAAAUACUACUCAUUUUCUUGCCGCGUAGAUUCUCUCUGCAAAAGAAUGAACGAAUAACUGAACAAUUGAGUUCGGUUAUUCAGUUUCAAUUGUAAACUGGCAUGAAAAUGGAUCGUCGACGAUCCUAAAUCCUUCAACGGUUUUCCCAAUUGCCGUUAAAUUAAUUUGCAGGAUGUUUAUAUAAUGUACCUGUUAUUAUCAAAUAAAUUAUU